AUGGGUAAGAGAGAAGGGCGCCAAGAAGUUGCUCACCCUGAGCAAGCAAACGGUCAAGCCCAGCAUGCCAGCAUGCCUGAUAAAAAUGGACAGAAAGGAUGGGUUUUAGAUCUCCGCACUUAUCUGGAUUCACGGAGAACCAAUCUUUGGACUCACCUCACUGCACAGGGGUCCAACUUAGGCCUGGGUAAGCCCAGGCCUACUCUCAAGUAUGCUGGAUCCGCCCCUGUUUAUAAGUACUUAAACUUUGUUACAGAUUCUGAGAGACGAUCACAACUUGAUUGGAAGAGGUGCUACAAUAUUAUUGGUGGAAUUGCUAGAGGACUUCUUUACCUUCAUGAAGAUUCUAGGCUUAAUAUCAUUCACCGGGAUCUAAAGCCAAGCAAUGUAUUGCUGGACAAAGAGAUGAUUGCCAAGAUUUCAGAUUUUGGUAUGGCAAGGAUUUUUGGUGAAAAUCAGAAUGCAGUUCAGACUAGGAGGAUAGUUGGAACAUAG